AUGCAAGCUUCUUAUUCCGCCACAAAAUGGGGUGUACGAGGUUUAACACAAGUUGCUGCUAUUGAAUGGAUUCCAUACAAUAUUACAGUUAAUGCUUAUUGUCCAGGUUUUAUUAAGACACCGCUGUCUGACUGUGCUGUCGAAAAUUUGGCAAAACUUGAAGGAAAGGCAUCGGAAGAGAUUGUGAACGAUUCUAUAAAAAGAAUUCCACUUGAUCGCAUAGGACAUCCAGAUGAUGUCGCAAACAUGGUUUCAUUUCUUGCAAGCAAAGAUUCUGACUACAUUACUGGACAAAGUAUUUUAGUUAAUGGUGGGAUAGAUUUUUCUUAA